AUGAGGGGAAGGCCAGCCUGGCCUGGCCGCGUGUCUGCCUGCCUCCCUGAUGGAGGCCCGACCCGGUCAGCCGCCCUGUGGCGGCCAGUGAGCAUCGAGAUGAAAACCCAGGAGCACAGUCCCCCGACCCCAGCCUCGGCCUUGAGCACCUGGGGCUCCCCAUCAGCCCUCGCACUCUUUAGCCCACAGCUGUCAGCCAACCUGCACCUGCCUGUGCGCCCCCUUUUGGGAUCUUUCUCCCUCACCCCAGCUGCACACCUGGCCUGGCCAGCCCUCCCCACCCUUGGGAAGCCUCUCUGA